AUGUCUGUAAACUCUCCCUGGCUUGCAAAAGGCGAAGCAAAACGCCAAUCCAUCCUAGACACCAUCCCCGCGAAAUGGCGACUACCCAAUCCCGUCCCACCCGCCACGGAGGUACGCGAUGUGACCGGAAGUUAUAUUCAGCAGUAUCUGAGCGAGCGUGAGAUUGAAAUCACAGAGUCCGAUGCAGUUGAUAUCGCUGCACAAACGACUACGGGGAGGUGGACUGCUGUCGAAGUCACAGAGGCCUUUUGUCACCGCGCUGCGCUGGCACACCAACUAGUCAGCUGUUUACAUGAGAUAUUCUUCGACGCAGCUAUCGAAGAUGCGAAGAAGCUUGAUGCCUACUUUGCAGAGCACAAGGCUCCCAUUGGCCCGCUGCAUGGUCUUCCAGUUAGUCUGAAGGAUCAAUUCCACGUCAAAGGUGUCGAGACCACCAUGGGCUACGUCGGGUGGAUCGGUACCUUCCAAGGUGCAAAGGAUGACCCCCGAUUCCGCAUAGAAGAAAGUGAACUAGUUAGAGAGCUGCGCAAUCUCGGCGCAGUCCUUUAUUGCAAGACCAGUGUGCCGGCUACGCUGAUGGCCGGUGAGACUGUCAAUCAUAUCAUCGGGUAUACAUGGAAUCCGAAGAAUCGCCUCUUAUCCUGUGGUGGCAGUUCUGGAGGUGAAGGCGCGUUGAUUGCUUUGCGUGGAUCGCCUGCUGGUUUUGGAACUGAUAUCGGUGGGAGUGUUCGCAUUCCUGCUGGAUACAAUUUUCUAUAUGGACUUCGCCCAUCGUCGGGGCGAAUGCCCUACCAGGGCGUUGCUAACUCGAUGGAUGGGCAAAAUACUAUUUUGUCCGUUAUUGGACCGCUAGCACCAACGGCACGGUCUCUGGCAUUGCUGUUCAAGACUGUUCUUAGCCAGCAGCCCUGGUAUCAUGAUCCACUGGUCCUCGAGCUGCCCUGGCGAGACGCACUUGUUGAAGAGACGCGCUCUUGGAUUGAGCAAGCGAAGGCCGGAAAUUCAACGCUAGCUUUCGGCAUGAUGCACUGGGAUGGCAUCACACGCAUUCAACCGCCCAUUGCUCGUGGAUUGAAAAUCGUCGAACAGACCCUGAAGCGACUGGGUCAUAAAGUGAUUACCUGGAACCCGCCAUCUCAUGCUACCGCUGGCACAUUGAGUUCUGAGGCAUUCAACAUGGAUGGCGGUGCCGAUCUGAAGCAUCACUUUGGUCUAUCCGGCGAAUCUAAAGCAGUCCAGGUCAUAGUGGACGAGUCCAACCCGAUAUCCAUAAGCGAGCUCGCAGCAUUGAACGUCGCCAAGCGUGAGUACCAAAAGCAAUAUAUGGACUACUGGAACAGCACUGCAGAACUGACGGGCACUGGUCGUCCCGUUGACGGACUUUUCUGUCCUCUGGCACCUCAUGCUGCGGUGAUUCCCACUCAGUUCAAUUACGUGGGAUACACUUCGUUCGUCAAUAUUUUGGAUUAUACCAGCGUGGCUCUGCCGGUUACGUUCGCGGAUAAGAGUAUCGAUGUGCGCGCAGCAGAUGCAUCUGUAGCAGAAUUAGCGGACCAUAUUGAGUGGACGUUUUGGCUGAUGCGGGGUACAGAUGAUGCCGAUACAUAUCAUGGCGCUCCGAUUGGAGUUCAACUUGUUGGGCGAAGGCUGCAGGAAGAGAAGAUGCUGACUCUUGCUGAGUAUCUCGGUGGCGAGAUUAGCAAGACUGUAGAGACAAAGUAG